AUGAUUCCUGCAAUUGACGACAUAGAAAUAGCCACGAUGAUCAAUGUUCAUAUACAUUAUCCACGUAUAUGGAAUUCCAUUCAAGUAUGGACUAUUGGUAUUAUUACAAAAAAACCUCAAGUUUAUUUUGUAUUUGAACAUAAAUGUUUUUUUCAAUAUUUACUCAAUGAUUGGUCUUCAUCAGUACCACCUGAUAUUUAUUCAUUUGCACCAUUUAUUUAUGAUAUUAAAUUAGAAGGUAAUCAUUUAGAAUUGUUAAUACCAUGUAAUCAAGGAAAUUGGAUUGAUUGUACAAAUGAAAAUAAUCGACAAAAACAACAACAACAACAACCAGCAGAAAAUAAUUUUAUAUCAGUUUGUGCUAAAUCAUUUUCAUUGAUAUAUCCAUUACCAUUUGUUGAAUUUUGUCCAAAAGUUACACCAAUGGAUAUAAUAAUUGAUGCUCAAGAUAUUCUUGCUCGUCUUGUUAUACCAGAAAGUAAUCGAAUGUAUUAUAUAUUAGAAGGGAUUGAUUCUCAUAAACGUUUUUAUACACCAAAUGGAGUUAAAUCUCAAUUAACUUUAUCAGAUGAAUUUGAAAAACGUGAUGGCUUCUUUGAUUGUGGUGAAGUUCCUAAUAUAAAAAUUCUUAUACAAAUUCUUCUUCAUCCUUCACCACCAAUCGAUACAAAUAGAUCUGAUCUUUUAUAUGUUCAACAUGUCAAAUCAAUGGGUAAUCGUCAAACAUUUCAUCCAAAUAAAUUAGAUUAUGAUAUGUUUAAUAUUGAAAUUGAUAUUGGUCCUGUUAAUUUAUUAUUACAUGGUUUAUUUUUAAAAAAACUUUGGUGGGUAAAAGAAAAUAUAUUUGGUUGGGAUCAAAAAUAUCAUGAUAUUCAUGAACCAGAAUUAAUACGUGAAAAGAAAAUUAUUGUACAUGAUGAUCCAUUAGUUGAUAUUAUUGAUGAAACUAUUCCAUUUGAUCCAAGAUAUUUUCGACCAUUAAUGGUUACUUUACGUGUUGCACUUCAUAAUAUAACAGCUCAUCUUGUUCAUCAUACUGAUAAUGAACCAUGUCCAAUAGUUUUUUGUGAACGACUUUGUUUUGAAAUGACAACUGAUCUAGAUGAAACAAGAUUACAAGUACUUUUUCUACCAAUUAAUGUCUAUGUUGAAGAUACAAUUGUUCGAAAUAAAUCAGAUCAACAUUUAUCUACUGGAUGUCUUCAAUUAUCUGGUUUAAUUAUUCGUGGUCAUGCAAUGCUUUCACAUGAAGGUUUACCACCUGAACGUGAAACACUUGAAUAUGCAUGGCAAAUGGAAAUUAUACUUGGUAAAAUAUCAGCUCGUAUAACAACAAUUCAAGUAGAAAAAUUAAUUGGUUUUCUUAAAAAUUUUUAUUUACAAAUCAUGGAAGAUGAAUAUACACUUGUACGUUCACCGGUUAUUGAUAAAGCAAAAUGGAUUGAAAAACUUAAAUAUGAUGUUCUUCGAUUCAGUCUAGAUUCAAUUGAUCUUAAUCUUGUUGAAGUUGGUAAUGCUCUUAACAUACAGGUUGCACCCAUUCGUUUAUGUAUGUGUAAUAUGCACACAAUAUUUUGUAAUGAAAGUUUAACUUUAAAAGUUGGUACAAUUCAAAUUCGACAAUUAUUACGUUUGUAUCCAGGUUCAUGGUUAGAAGCUGGUUCUGCAUAUAUUCCUGAAUUACGUAUAAAUGCUAAAUUUGAAUGUCAUCCUCCAACACCAUCUAAUGUAAAUGAACAAUUAGAAUUUCUUCGUCGACAUGAUCAACAUUCUCAACGACUUCAUUUUCUUUAUAAUACAAAACCUCAACAAACAUUAAAUAUUCCAUUAACAACAAUAAAUAUAAAACGUCCAUCAAAUGUUGGUCUAUCAACAAAUUUAAAUAAUAUAUCAUGUGCAUGUCUUGGUGGUUCAUCAAAUUAUUAUACACUUGUACAAGGUGAACAAUUUUUUAAAAAUACGUUUCGUCUUAGUGAACAAUCAUCAUUUGGACGUUCAUUAUUUCGACCAGAUUUACAUGUUUUACAAUCACAUUCCAUAUUUGAACAUAAAUACAAUUGGAAUAUUUAUGAACAUUUAAUAAUAUCAAAUGAUGAAUUAGAUGAUGAAGAAAUUUUUUAUCCAUUUGAUUUUUGUGCACAACAAAAACAAACUGAUGAACUACAUAAUCAUAUAAAUGAUAAUGAAUUACGUCAUAGUGUACCAACAGAUUUAUAUUCAUUAUCACGUACAAAUUCAGCACGAAAUAUAAAACAUCAAUCAAUUAUUGAUCGAACUGAACACAAACGUUCAUCAUCAUCAAUACCAUUACAUCAUACAACUGGUUCAUCAUCAUCAACAGCUACAACAACAACAACAAAUGAUGAUUAUUUUACACCUAAUGAACAAUUAUCAUUAACAAGUUCAAGUAAAUCAAGUUUAAAUUCAACAUUAAAUAAUACAAAUAAUAUUAUGGAAUCAUCAUCUUUAUCAUCAUUAACUCUUCUGCAACAUCAAUCAUCAACAAGAUCAUCAUUAAUACAAUCAAAUUUAAAUUUAUCAAAAUCAAUUGAAAAUAAAGCUUUAUUAAAUAGUUUAUCACGCACAUCAUCAUCAUCAUCAUCAUCAUCAUCAUCAUCAGAUUCAUUAACAGCUUUAGAAGAAAUACUUCAAAGACAGCAAGCUAGAUAUAGUUCAACAUUUUUAUCUCAAAGAGUAAAUAAUAAUAAUCUAAAUCAUUAUUUUAAAACAUAUGAUCUACUUAAUAUUUGUUGUUAUAAAAUUUUGAAUAAUAGAGUUCAGCGAAUUUAG